AUGAAGGCCUUUCCCAGCGAUCUCACAUCCCCACGUAGCGAUGACAAUGACAAUAUUAAAUCGGUUGUUAUCCGCAUUGAGGAACCAGUAGAGCCUACUCCCCAAUAUUUACUUUUAUAUAGGAGACUUGUAGCUGCUAUGAGGUCAGUGUUCACUUGUGCUAAUACUACUACCAAUAAAGCCGUCACUGGUACCACUUGUAUACAGAAAGCUGUUGUUUAUCAUCCAGAGCUUAGUGAUGCGGCUGACUGUAACAACGGUGUGAGGACAUCCAAAUAUACUAUAGUGUCAUUCAUACCUAAGAACCUCUGGUAUCAAUUACACCUCUUCGCCAACGUGUAUUUCCUAUGUGCUGCUGGCUUACAGAUGAUCCCUGCUGUCAGUGACUCUGGUGGUCGGCCACUACUCUUGAUACCAUUACUCUUUGUUAUCACAGUAUCGGCAUUCCGUGAUGCAAUAGAAGACAUGAAGAGGCAUAAUAACGACAAACAAGAGAAUAAGAGGACAGUUCGAAGGCUUGUCGCAAAACGCCGUCAACGAUCUGAUGAUGGUACCAUCUACGACCGAAGUAGCACCUCUCUCGUAGAUAGAGUACACUGGGAUGAGCUCAGAGUGGGGGAUGUGGUGAAGAUUGGUAUUGGAGAACAGUUCCCUGCUGAUCUAGUAUUGCUUACUUGUGAUGAUACUGGUGGUAUGAUAUUUGUAGAGACUAUGAAUCUCGAUGGUGAGACUAACCUCAAGCCUAAGAUAUGCAUACCAACACUUCAAAAUGCAUUCUAUGAGUCAUCCAAUACAGCCACUAUAGAGGAGAAUAUCAUUAUUGGCCUCCAUGAGGCUGAGCUGCACUACGAGACCCCUAACUCACAGCUGUACAAAUUCCAAGGACAACUACUGCUCAACACCAUGCCUGACCAUGAUACCACAGACUACGAGGAAAGCUCAUCGGAGCACGAUGGACGAGGGGGAUGUGGUCGGCAUGCAGUGAGCAGUCUCCCACUCAGUAUUGAUCAAUUACUAUUACGAGGGACAUCACUACAGUCCUGUAAUAGUGGUCACCAUUGUUACGGUGUAGUAGUGUAUCCUGGCAUGGAUACUAGGAUAUACCGUAACUCAAUGGAGACAGGUACGGGAAGGAAUAAGAUAAGUAAGCUCAUGCAGACCUACAACAGGCAUGUUAUCGUACUCUUUACCCUUCAAGCUAUGAUAUGCAUAAUAGCUGCCUUUACUCAUGGGUUUAUCUACGCUACCACCACCACAACCAAGGACGACGUUGACGAUACUACUCCUAUUAUCAUGAUGGGCUCCUCAUUUCACUACUGGUAUCUCUAUGUAGGGCCUCAAUCAGUAGAUGCAGGAGAUGUGGUAUCUAGAGGCCUGCGUGUUGCUGGCUCCUUGCUACUCCAGUUUACUUAUUUCGUCCCCAUAUCACUACUGGUUACAUUGGAGAUAGUGAAGUACUUCCAAGGGAGGUUUGUAUCAGCAGAUAAUGCUAUGCAACAUAAUGGUCUAGCUGCGGCCUCUAACAGCUCCACUCUAAUAGAGGAACUGGGAUCGGUUACUCAUGUGUUCAGUGAUAAGACAGGGACUCUAACUGACAAUCGGAUGAUAUUCAGGAGUGCUUACAUUAUGGGCAGUGGGGGGAUGGACUCCCAGCCACUCCCCCACCUACCCCAAGCUACUGGUCUGUCAUCACCUACCAUAGCACCGGCACGACACGACCCGAGCGUCCACUUCGACGAUGAGACCAUCCUGAGGGUUGUAGCACAGGAUGAUGAUGAAGACCUCCUCACUACAACACGGCUAUUCCUCCUUGGUCUCUGCCUCUGUCAUUCAGUCCUCGUUAAGGACUCUAACCAAGUAUCGGCAGACCCCAUGUGCUCGUCUGAGUCUCUAUAUGACGCAUCCUCCCCUGAUGAGCUUGCUCUAGUGGCCGGUGCAAGAUAUCUUGGAUUAGAGUUCUCAGCCCGACCAACCCCUGAUACUAUUAGGAUCACCCUGACCACUCCCUUCGCAAGGGAGAUCCUUAACGUUCAAACUAGUGAAGAAGGGGAGAGCAUUGUAGACGUUGAACUGUUGGAAGUGAUAGAGUUUGAUAACGACCGGAAAAGGAUGAGCGUUCUUAUCAAGAUAACAGCUAUACCGGACUCCCAAGAGAAGGGAAGGGAUGACAACUGUGCCACAGAUAAGGUCUUGCUACUUAUCAAGGGUGCGGAUUCCAGCAUGAUGGAUAUAUGCUCAACCAGCAGUGCUUUUUCCAAGCUGGAUAGUGUCCUCAACCAACUAUCCACAAGAGGUCUUCGAACGCUAGUGUACGGUGUCCGAGACCUCACCUUGAAUAAGCCUUUCGUGGAUCAUUGGCGUGCUUCCUAUAACCAUGCCCGAGGCCUUGUUGGUACAGCUAAGGAGGAAGCGUUAAGGAAGUGUAUAGAGGAAAUGGAGUGUGGUAUUCAUAUAGUAGGUUGUACUGGUAUAGAGGAUAAACUACAGGACAAUGUACCAGAGACUAUAGCAGACCUACACCAAGCUGGUAUCAAGGUAUGGGUGCUCACUGGAGAUAAGAUAGAGACAGCCAUCAAUAUAGCGUACUUGAUAUGUAUCUCUGUUGUAAAGAGGAAGACUAAAACACAAUAG